GUGCUUUUUACUUUUUCGACGUUCCAAUGACCAAUUCCGAUGAUGAAUUAGACUUUGAUAAUGUGUCGGAGGAUGACCUUUUGGAUGUCGAUGACCACGUUUCUGUGGAUGAAGUAUCGAGUAGUAGCAACGAGAUGAGUUCUUCGUCCGAGGAGGAGAGUGAGGAGAAGGAGGAAGACAUUCAUGCUUGGGGUGGUCGAAAGAGCAACUAUUAUGGUGGAAUGGAAGAUGACAUUGACGCGGAUGGUGUGGAGCUGCGAGAAACGCGUGAGCUGGAAAGAAACCAGAAGGAGAGUUUGCAAGUUGAGGACUUCGCGAUUUCCUCCGACGAGGACGAGGAAGUCGAAGCGACCGAUCUGGAAGCUGCCAAGUUGAAUUUGGGAUUCGGUAUCGCGGAAGAGGAGGUGCACAAAGACCUUUCCUCGCUGUCGGCGGAGGAGCUUGGCAAGCUGCUGCGCAAGGAGAGUCCGGAAGUGGUGGUGAUGCUCUCCGACCUGCUGGGCCGUCUGCGCGCGUUCUCCGGCGCCGUGGCUCCCUGGGCGCGCGCUCUGCGUAGCGAGCGUCCCUCGGUGGGCGGGCGCGCGCUGUCGUCGACGGGCGUGGACUUCGCGGACUGCCAGUCGCAGCUGUCGCUGAACUACGCGCUGCUGCUGCUGAACUACCUGCUGCUGAAGGCCGAGCGCCGCCCGUCGAGCGACCUGCAGCGCCAUCCGCUGACCGCCCUGCUGGUGCGAGCCAGAGCUCUGCUCGACCGGCUGGGCAAGGCCGAGCGCCGGAUCGGCGAGGCGCGGUUCCAGCGGGAAAGCCUCCCGCGGGGAUCGGAGAGCGAGGACGAGCGAGAACGGGAGCGAGAAGGGAAGGAGGGCGAAGAAGAAUUGGCGGGAAAGGAGGGAGGCGAAGACGAGGCGAGGGAGGAGCGAAACGCCCUGGCGCGAGAGGAGGAAGCCGCCUUCCAGCGAUUCGCCGCACGCAAGCGAGGGGCCGACAUGCUCACGCCAUCGGAGAAACCGGGGAAACCCGAUGCAAUGGACGACGCAAUGGACGACGCAAUGGACGAAGUGGAGUCGAACGAAGACGAAGAUUUGGCGGGAAACGAAGACGAAGAUUUGGCGGGGGAGGACGAUUUUUACCGGGAGAUGAAGAAACGGAAGGAGGCGAAGCAGAGCGCGAAGGAGGCGCGGCAGGAGUACGCGGCGCAUUACGUGAACGAAGAUUUCGAGCUGGAGGAAGGGGAGAGCCGCAAGGCCACGCAGAAAAUCCUCAAGAACCGCGGAUUGGUGCCGAGCCGACCGAAGGAGAACCGCAACCCGCGUGUGAAGAAACGACGGCGCUACGAGCAGGCUGUCAAGCGGAGAAAGGGACAGGUGGUGCCGAUGCGAACGAACGAAGCCGAUCAGUACAUGGGAGAGAAGUCGGGAAUCCGCGCAGAUGUCACGCACUCCCGACUGUUCAACUAAUCGUCUUUUAUUGGAGUUUGUUAGUUUUAUUUUUAACUGUGUUC